AGUUUCUAAUGGCGUCAGUCGGUUCUGAAACGAAAAUUCUAGCGUUUUCUUUACUCUGUUUUCGCGAUGUCAGCCACCGAAGAAGUUCAAGUUCCUGCCGUCAUGGACCCGCCGCCAACGGAGGCUGCAGCGACGGAGGAGCCCAAGAAGGAAGAAAAGCCGGUUAGGCAGACGAAACCCAGGACUCCGAAAGAGAGGAAGCCACAACAGCCCAAACCCAAAACCAAAACCGCCGCUCAUCCUCCCUACUUUCAGAUGAUCAAAGAGGCACUUUUGGCUCUGAACGAGAAGAGCGGGGCGAGUCCGUACGCCAUAGCAAAGCACAUGGAGGAGAAGCACAAGGCGGUGUUGCCGGCGAAUUUCAGGAAGACUCUGGCUCUGCAGCUGAAGAACUCGGCGGCGAGAGGGAAGCUGAUCAAGAUCAGGGCCUCGUACAAGCUCUCGGAAGCGGGGCAGAAGGAGAAAUCCGCACCCAAAACAGCCGCCGUUGCGAAACCAAAAUCGGAGAAGAAGACCAAAACGACCUCGUCUGGUAAGAAGCCGGGAAGGAAGAACAAGAAGUCGGCCGCAGCCAAGCCGAAGCAGCCCAAGUCGAUCAAGAGCUCUGCUGCUAAGAAAUCUAUGAAGUCUGCUGCUUGAAAUAUGUCAAGAAAAAAAAAACAGAUGUAUAAAAAGUAGGAAGAAAUAAUAAGUUGGAGGAAGUUGUGUUUUUGUAUGUGAAUAUAUGGGAAUGUUUUGGGAAAAUUCCAGGUUUUCCUUUUCGUC